GGAAGUUUGCUCAAGCUGUGAGAGCCGUGCGAAUUCCGGCCAUGGAGCUGGUGGCCCUGCUGCCGGUGUUGCUGGUCGUCCUGGUGCUGCUUCUGUUGUACAAGUACGGCACGCGCAACUACGGGACUUUGGAGAAGCUCGGCAUUCCCGUCAUCAAGCCGUACCCGUUCGUGGGCAGCGUGCCGCGCCCAUGGCGACUCUAUCUCAGGGAGGAGGACUUGCGCCACGCGAAGCAGUUCAACGGCGUGUGGGGUCUGUAUGAGGGCCCCACACCCCAGGUGUUCAUCGCUGACCGGGAGAUGGUAAAGCGCAUUUUUAUCAAGGACUUUAGUAAUUUCAGCGAGCGAUUUGUUGCCAACUUUUACUCUUCUGCCACGAAAGACCUGCUGGACAUGCUUGUGCACGACCGCUGGAAGGUGGUGAGGGCGAUCCUGACUCCGGCUCUGUCUACGGGCGCUAAGCUCAAGGCCAUGAUGCCCACUUUGGAGCAUUGUGCGCGCGACGCCUGCACACGCUUGGACCAGGAGCUGCUCAAGAGUCCCGUGGUGCAGAUCAAGGACGCUUUGUUCGGGCCGCUGGUGCUGGACGCCGUCGCCCAGUUCACAUUCGGCCUGAAAGUACCCAACAUAAGCGACAGCACCCACCCGUUCGUCAAGGCGGCCAAAACCUUUGGUGGCGACGAGUUCUCCAGUCCGGUCAUCUCGGGCUUGCUGACCUUCUCGCCGAAACUCAGCUCGAUGCUCAUGAGCAAGUUCAUGGCGCCGCCGCUCCAACUGCUGACGGAUAUCCUGCGCAAGUCGGUAAAGGAGCGACGCGCAACCGGCGCCGACCGGGCGGACCUAGUCGGCGCCCUUAUCGACGCCAUCGACAACAAGGUGCCGACGAAGGAGUUUCGCGAGCUCGACAUCACCGAGGACGUGCUGCUGCUGCAGGGUGCCAACCUGCUCAUGGACGCGUACGAUACCACCGGCAACACGCUGUCUCUCUGCGCCUACCACUUGGCCACCAACCCCGACGUGAUGGCACGGGUGCUGGAGGAGAUCAGCGGCGUGGAGCUGACGUACGAGGCGCUGCAGCAGCUGCCGCUGCUGGAGGCCGUGAUGCAGGAGGCGCUGCGCGUGUCGCCGUUCAUUCCGCGUCACCAGCGGACCUGCCAGCGCGACUGGCAGUGCGGCAACCUGCGCUUGCCGGCCGGCACCUGUGUCACGAUCCCCGUCUGGCCGUUACACCUCGACCCGGAGGUGUUUCCGGAGCCGGAGCGCUUCCUGCCAGACCGCUGGCUGGGCGAGGAGGGUCGCCAGCUCGGCCAGUACAACUGGAUGCCGUUCGGCCUGGGGCCGCGCGCCUGUAUUGGCAUGCGGCUGGCCACCAUGGAGGUCAAGUUCGUGCUGGCCUAUGUGCUGCAGCGCUACCGGCUGAUCGCCGCACCCGAGACAAAGCUGGUGUACCGCAAGGGCACUUCAGUCUUCUCUGGCUUCUACCCCAUCCACAUUAAGGUUGAGAAGCUGUAGACGGACGCAUCAGCUCGGAUGUGCGGGCACCGUGACUCAAUGUCUGUCCCGUUGUUGAAUUAGCUUGGGAAGAGUAGUGUCUUAUCAUUGCCAGGAAGCAUGAACCUCUGGCACGUGCGAUUUAUUUGGCAACUCCUUUAGUGACAAGUUUUGAUUCAACUCAAAGCCUGUGGGAUGGUCAAUUAUAAUACGAGAACGCCGAAUCCGACGACAAUGUCCAAUACCACGUGACGAGGGCUUCACAUAACCAAAAAUUAUCAGCCAGGUUCUGAUUUUAGGCACCAGAAUAUUCACCAGGUCAUGAGAUAGCGUUCGUCUAAUCAUUUGACUUCUUAAGGUCGCCCUCCGAGGUCAACUCCAACUUCAGAGGACGCUGAACUCCAAGAAUUCGAAAUUUACCGGCCGAUUUCGGAUUUUAAACACCAGAAUAUUCAUCAGCGCAUAAAAAAAUUUCCCUCAGAAAGUCCCGACCUCUCAAGGUCAUUGGUGUACUUGCGGCGAUGUGAGGCGGAGCUUAUAUUUGACUAAUGCC